GUGAAGAAGGAGGAUAUCCGGUUCGCCUGCUCCUCCAGUGUAGACUUUGGACAAUAAGUUCGCCUGUAGAUGACAUUUGCUUUGGUAGCGUGCAGUGUGUGAGUUAUUAUUGUUUAAAGAUGUUUAUCAGGACUCAUUACAUAUGCUAAAGAUGGGACACACCUGCGCAGGGGUUUCGUAUUAACCCAAGGCUCUUACUAUAUGAGUAACUGUACCACCUGGUCCCAUCCCAUCACCGGACGUUGCGGAAGCCCCCACCUGUUCAUUAUAACGGUGUGUGAGGACCCGCCGCCGGGAUGAUCUACAUCAUUAUGGGAGUCUCAGGCUGCGGAAAAAGCGCCUUAGGUGCCUUCCUGUCAGAAAAGCUGGGCUGGCCCCUGCACGAAGGGGAUCACUUUCACCCACCGGGGAACGUUGAGAAGAUGGCUCGUGGUGAACCACUCACAGACCAGGACAGAUUGCCUUGGCUUCUCAGACUACAUGAAGUCAUUGAGAGGGCACGGUGUUCCCGCUCCGAUGCUCUUGUGGCGUGCUCCGCUUUGAAGCGCCUGUACAGACAGAUUCUGCUCUUUGGCUCCAAAGCCCUGGAUUCCUCCUCCGGUCCAGACCGAGACGUCCGGCCUCCAACCCGUCCUGAUGUCUGUUUCCUGUUCCUACACGGCGACUACGACCUGAUUCAGCAGAGGAUGGCGGCCCGGAGGGGACACUACAUGAAAGCAGACCUGCUGCGUUCCCAGUUUGACGCUUUGGAGCCUCCGUCUGAAGAUGAGAACGCGCUGCCUCUGGACGUCAGCAGGAGCAUGACUGACAUGGCCACGGAGGUCCUGGAGCACAGCGUUCUCCCCGACCUUCCAUAUUUAGCUAAUGUCGUAGAAUAAAGCACCGUUUCAGUUGUCAACGCUUCAGCAGAGCAUCGGUAUGAUCCUGUGGAGGACACAUUCAAGAACACAGUAGGUUUCAUUCCCCGAUAUUCUUACUACAGAGUAUUUGAUAUUGCAAAGAUUUCAAUUUGAACGAUGCAUAUUUUUAUUUUGUACUUUUAUUUACAAACAAGAGAUGGACCUACAAUCUUAUGCCACAAAGAAUAAGGCUAGGAGUUCACACGAGCAGUGAGAAUAACUAUUUUUGAUUUUAUGAAGAUUCAUUUUCUUCAAAAAUGUGUUAUCAAAAUAUAUUUUUUUAAUGUUUUGUAUCUAAAAUGGCUCUAACUAUGAAGGAAUGUAUAAUGGAUUUUACAGAUGAGAUGAUAUUUUCUUGUACUUGGAACAUUUAAACAUUUCAAAUUGGGCAGAUUUGUCUUUGUAGUCACGGUUUUGGGUUGAUUUCAGUACGAGACUAUUCAUUUUUACAAAACUGAUGAUGGUUUUUGUUGAAUAUGUAAUUAGUUUUUGAAUCCCAUGUUUAAUAAUAAAUGUGUCCUAUUAAUUUA